AUGACAACCGCAAAACCUCAACAACGACAGUUCAUGCUGUUCAGCAAGUUUAGCACUGAAGUGCGACCACCAGUAAUGGUAGAACGGACGCAUAUUCUUUCGAUGAAAUUUGAAGAGAUUGCCGAGUCAGAAGAGGAGGAUAUUCAGGUAAGAAACUGGACUAGAAUAAAAAAAACAGUUUUUUCCCACUUUUCAUCCUGGAAGAAAGAAGAAGUUAUUCACAAUGCCUUUUAAAA